GUAGCGGAAAUAUUCUGAAGUUGCAUUUGGGACGGAGACAGGACUACAGAUUCGAAUGCCUGCCAAGUAAACGCUUAUUCUGACAGAGAUUUUUAAGAUUUCACUGUUUUAGCACUGUAUUUCAUGAAGUGCAAUAAAUUCAGCUUCUAUAUCUGAACAGGCUUGCUUUUGAAGUCGUGAAUAUGGAUGCGGUCCAAUGCUGGAAAGGUGAUGUAUAACCUUAGAGGCUCGAGAAGCAAUCUGACCUUUAGCUCGAGGCGAGGGCAGAGAGUUCCCUCCCUCUCUCCAUAGCUGUGCUGGUAUCAGCCGCGACCUGAAGUAGCAGCAGCUCCUCCAGUUCAUGCUCUCCGCGCCAUGGCGACAGACAUUCCGUGCUCUGUUAUUCUGCACAUGCUGGUGGCUGUGCUUCUAUCCCCGGCAGCAACCGCCAAGAUACCGUGGUGGAACAUCAAGAUAGCUCAGGAGCAGGGGCCAAAUGCUUGCGUAGUUGAAGAGGUUCCUGGCAGUGACUACCAGUACUGGACGGAGUGCAAAUACUGGCGUAACAGAGAAAUCUGCGGCCAAAAGGCGGUCAUUCGGUACGAAUGUUGCGAGGGAUAUCAGCAAGUGGCCGGACAGCAAGGUUGUGCUGGAGUGAAGCCCCUGAAGAAUAUCCUGGAUACGGCCAGGGACUUGGGUGCCGGGAAAUUCGUUACUUACAUUGAAGAAUCUGGUGUCAGCAGCGAACUCACAAAGGAAGGAACUUACACACUAUUUGCACCUCUUGAUGACGCAUUUGAUGAACUGACAAGGGAACAGAGGUCCCACUUCGAGUCUAACCGUGGCAACCUUCGGAACCCGCUCUUGCUCUACCAUCUGGCGGACCGGAAGCUGACUUCGCACAAUUUCCGGGCAGACCUUCUGGUUGAUACCCGGUAUAACGGACACAAACUCCGAAUUAACAAGUAUUCCAAUGGAAUGGAAACAGUGAACUGCGCAUUUAUCGUCAGGAAGGAUCAGGAGGCGACCAACGGAGUUGUACAUAUGAUCGAUUCCUUUCUGGACCCAGACUUCACCGUACCACGUGACCUUGCUGAGCUGGUGGUUCAGGACGGACGCUUCUCGGAACUUGCUAAGGCUAUGGAGCAGUCAGGGUUCGUGGACCGGCUGCGCAACUCUCAGCAACCCUGCACCAUUCUUGCGCCAUCAGACGAAGCCUUCCAGAAGAUCCCCCAGUCGCGUCUCGAGAAGAUUAUGAACGAUAAAUACGCUAGGGAAGCACUGUUGGAAAAUCACGUAAUUCCACAUGCCAUCUGCCUGCCUGCGAUUAUCGGUGAGCACAAGGUACGAACUCUGGGCUCACAGAAACUGACAUUUGACUGCGACAAGAAGGGCACAACAGUAGAGGAGAAGAGGCUCAGAUCUGACUUCCUAAUGGGUCAAAAUGGUGUCCUCUAUAUGCUAGAUGACUUACUCCUUCCAGACAGAGCAAAGAGCAUCAUGCAACUGGCUGAACAGGAACAACUGUCUGUGUUCUUGCAAUUAGUCCGCUCUGCUGGUCUGGAAGAUGCGUUUGAAAACUUUGGCGAGUACACGGUGUUUGCCCCAUCAGAGAGUGCAAUGUAUGCUCUGCCCCCGAAUCAGCUGCAGGAGUUGAAAAUUAAUAAGGACAAGGCUCGAAAUUUCGUGUUGUACCAUGCUGCUCAGGGUCGCAUUAACUCUGAUCAGAUCUCGGAUAAUCAGGUUGUGAUGUCACUUGACGAACAGAAUCCUCUGAGGCUACAGGUUUACCGAAAAGCCAUUGGGGUGGAAGAUGCCCUCAUCGAGAAAGCAGACUUGCAAGGAAUGAACGGCAAUAUACAUAUCAUCAACAAGGCUCUUUCACCAUCAAACUUCUCAGCGGGAGACAUACUGAGAAGAGACGGAAAUUUCAGCAUAUUCCUUCAGGCAAUUGAGAAAGUCAUGGAAAGUAGCCCCGAAACUCUGGAGAGCCAGACUCCUCGUGCAUCCUUCACUUUCUUCGUUCCAACAGACCAAGCCUUCAACCGACUGGGUGCCACGCGGCUAGAGCGAAUCAUGGAUGACCCCGCCUACCUCACCAAGACUAUUAAGAAUCAUGUCGUUGACAACAUGAUGGCUUCAGAAGCCUUCAAGCCGGACCUUUACUAUGACAUCCAGACCAGACAGAACAUCGUGGACGUUGUGCGGAAGAAUGGGAAGCUGAAAGUGAAUGAUGCCACGGUGACCGACUGUGAUAUCCUCAGCACCAAUGGUGUAAUACACGUCAUCAAUAAAGUUCUUCUACCGGACCAGCAUACUGAAGGCUGAUGCGUCUGGAUAUCCUCUGUUUCCUGACGCCCAUGUGUUGGAAAUCAUUAAGAAAUCAGAUAUAAGAAUUGGUACUGUUACAUUCCGUAUAUUGCAGUUAAAAAACAUAACAUACAUACGGAUAAAACUGUUAAAUACGUCCUACUUUAAGUCCUUUUUAUCACGGCAAAGUCACAAACUUAAGACCAAAUAGGAUAAAUAAAACGUAAUUCACAAAGGUCAGUAUUGUACCUGACGUUUUUAUUUCGUAGAAAUUAAAAAAAGAAGGCAAUGAAAAUGGAAUAGACCAAAAGUGGAAUGCAAUAACCAUUUUGUCUUCAUAUCAGACAACUCAUUCGUUAUUAAAUUUACUUUUAUUCUUGUUCAUUAAAUUGUGUGUAAACUUUCGAAUGAUGCAUAAGUUACGUGCAAAUAUAAUACAGUUGUGCCUGCUAA